UGCCAACACUUUUCUGGUCUGAAUCAGCUGCUUCACUCACAAAAAAGAGAAUUUACGCACAAAUUUAGAAACAUUCAUAUUAAAAAUCAAGAUUCGAUAUAUACUAGACCUACAAAAUGGUUGUCUCACGGCUCGCCUUUCCGAUUAACCUGGCCUUGCGCCAGGUUUCUCGUAGGAUGGCUGAAAACCCCGGAAAUCUUAAAAUCCUGCAGCGCCACAUGUCUAGCGUGUACUUCCGCAGCGGAGCCAUUAAGCCGAAGCCCGAGGAGAUGCCCUUCGGCCUGCUGGCCAUCUUCUGCGCCGUCAUCCCCGGACUAUUUGUGGGUGCUACCAUUAGCAAGAACGUAGCCAAUUUCCUGGAAGAGAACGACCUUUUCGUGCCCGCCGAUGAUGACGAUGACGAGGACUAAGCUUCAAAAACUCUGGCAAUCUUCAUGUGGGAUUAUCUCCUAGUCAGGAUGAAUGCCUUGGCUUGGAGUCGUUGCCCCACGCAUAAGAACCCAGCGCUCGGCCAAAAAUUUAUUCAUCUAUUACCCUUUCUUUGCUAUAUAAAUCUACUUUUAAGAUCCAACAAUUUUGGCAUUUUAUAUGUUUAUGUGUAUUUUCAUGACCCGCUUUGAUAUUCUUGACCUAAUAAUUAGCCAAUGUUAACUUUAAUCGACAGAUUCACGAAUGUUACUAGAAUUAAUAAAAUUGAAUCGAUUAUGCUUAA